CAACACAAACCCGUAUCUGUUGCUGUCGAGGGAUGAAAUGGGAAGAGGACGCAGCAGGUUGGUUAUGGAUUUGUUCAGCACCCUGAACAGCAACAACCUGUUAUGGAAUUAGGACCUUGCGGCCGAGCCCGCGCCUGCACAGCAUGAAGCCACGCCCAGAAGGCUGUCCAGAGGCAGAAUGUGGCAGUGUGUGGAGACUUUGCUAGUACAACGGAGCUCAGGCUUCCCAGCUUUGCGGUGCGGCUUCUUCCUGGAACUUGGCUGGAGUGUUGCGGCUUCUUUGUACUUGUUGCUGAGUCUCACUGAACCUCGCACGGGGGAUGCCGUUUAGUGUCACACUGGGACUAUUACUUUUCCUGGGUGAACAUUGCUCUGAAGAGCCCAAUGCUUUAAAGCUGCAUCCCCCAAAUAGCAUGUUACGCUGCCUGUUAAAGGAAGAGCGGUCCAAAUGAAUGGGAAAUGUGUUGCAUGGAAGUGACCAAAGAAACAGAGCCGUGCAGAUGUGUUAAUAGGCAAUGACAGGGAUCGAUGGGAAAGGAAUGGGCUUGUGUAAUUGGUGCAAGAGGCAAGAAGAGUGUGAUGGAUUUGCAGUAGUUAGAGGAGCGCAGGCAUGUGCUGUAAUGUGGCUGCCACUGCCGGACUUGAAAGAGGAGACAGAUGAGUGAAAGCUGCGCGCAGACAGAGCUCUCCGUGGUGCUGAAGCAGCUCCCUCAGAAGGACAAGUCCGUCAGCAACACAUGGUUUGGCUCAACAGCUUCUCUUUCAUCCCUGCCUGCUCACCUAGCAAUUGCAACAAUUAAAACAUAAACUGCAGUUAACACCAGAAGGACAUUUUUUUUCAUAUUUGCCAGUGUUUGCCAUCUAUCUUUUUGACCUCAAGAUAAAUUAGUAGAAGCAAUACUUGCAAACAUGGCAGCUGGUGUGGCAUCCUGGUUACCCUUUGCCCGGGCAGCUGCCAUUGGCUGGAUGCCAGUGGCUACAGGCCCCAUGCCUCCACCUCCCCUUUGGGAGAAGAAGCGCUCUCAGGAUUCUUUGAUUGUGUUAAAUGUGAGUGGCAAACGUUUCCAAACCUGGCGGAACACACUGGAGCGAUACCCAGAUACUCUGCUGGGCAGCACCGAAAGGGAUUUCUUCUUUAAUCAGGACAGUGGGGAAUAUUUUUUUGAUAGAGAUCCUGACAUUUUCCGUCACAUUCUCAACUUUUACCGCUCUGGUCGGCUACACUAUCCGCGGCAUGAGUGCAUUUCUGCAUAUGAUGAGGAGCUGGCGUUCUUUGGCAUAAUUCCGGAAAUUAUUGGGGACUGUUGCUAUGAGGAGUACAAAGAUCGUCGCAGGGAGAAUGCAGAGAGACUUUUGGAUGAUGCUGACAAUGACAACCCAGCAGAAGGGCUAUUGCCAAUGAGUGCACGUCAGAAGAUGUGGCGAGCCUUUGAGAAUCCUCACACAAGUACAUUAGCCCUUGUCUUUUACUAUGUUACUGGCUUCUUCAUUGCUGUCUCUGUUUUUGCCAAUGUACUUGAGACAGUACCAUGUGGCAUCAGCCCUGGCUCCCUACGUGAGUUGCCUUGUGGCGAACGCUAUGCCUUGGCAUUUUUCUGCCUGGAUACAGCAUGUGUCAUGAUCUUCACUGUGGAGUACUUGUUGCGCUUAGUGGCUGCACCUAGCCGUUAUCGCUUUGCAAAAAGUGUCAUGAGCGUUAUUGAUGUGGUGGCAAUCAUGCCCUAUUACAUUAGUCUUGUAAUGACAAACAACGAAGAUGUAAGUGGCGCCUUUGUGACACUGCGGGUGUUCAGAGUUUUCCGGAUCUUUAAAUUCUCCCGCCAUUCACAAGGCCUACGGAUCCUAGGCUACACAUUAAAAAGCUGUGCCUCUGAGUUGGGAUUCCUGCUCUUCUCACUUACAAUGGCCAUAAUAAUAUUUGCUACUGUCAUGUUUUAUGCUGAAAAAGGAUCACUAAAUAGCAAGUUCACCAGUAUUCCCGCUGCAUUCUGGUACACCAUUGUCACCAUGACAACACUGGGGUAUGGUGAUAUGGUUCCAAAGACUAUAGCAGGGAAGAUAUUUGGCUCCAUUUGUUCCCUGAGUGGUGUGUUGGUCAUUGCCUUGCCAGUCCCAGUGAUUGUCUCCAACUUCAGUCGGAUUUACCAUCAGAAUCAGCGGGCAGACAAACGAAAAGCGCAAAAGAAAACAAGGCUCGCCAGGAUUCGUAUUGCAAAGAGUGGAAGUGCUAAUGCUUAUUUACAGAGUAAACGCAACGGUUUGCUAAAUGAGAAAUUGCAGGGUUCCAGUGAAGAGGAACAGCCGCUUGUUAGCAAAUCUGGCUCUACAUUUGCAACCCAGCAUCACCACCUGCUACACUGUCUGGAAAGAACCACGGGUUUAUCUCAUGUUUUGGAUGAUUCCAUCUUACCAAUAAGCUGUACAUCAAUCAUGAAGAAUCACGAGUUUGUGGAUGAGCAAACUUUUGAAGACGGCUGUAUGGAGGUAUCUACAAUUAAUAAACCAGCAAAACACAGUCCCUCACUUUCACCACAAAACAACAGUUUUUGCUGCUCUCGAAGGAAUAAGAAAAAUUUAAGUAUUCCAAAUGCUAAUGCUCCAACCUGCAGCCAUCACGAGAGCCUUCAGGAACUGAGUGCUUUACAGAUCCAAUAUAUGGAAAGGGCACCUUUGUCCAACAGCCGAUCCAGCUUGAAUGCAAAAGUGGAAGGAAAUGUUAAGUUUAACUGUGAGCAGCCUUAUGUGACUACAGCAGUAAUAAGCAUCCCGACACCACCAAUGACUACACCAGAGGAAGAUGGCAGAUCAGAAUCCCCUGAUUACUCACAAAGGAACAUUGUAAGGGUGUCUGCGCUAUAAACUUCUCACCAGAAGGAUUUUAUAUUAAAUGCAACACGAGCCCCACAAUCCGCUCAGAAGGAACUAAAAGAAGAAUACAUUUAAACCUCUGAGAUUUUUCAAGCAGCAAUUGAUUUGCAUAAUUGUAAAAAAAAAACAAAAAAAAAACAAGUCUGAACAAUGUACAGGGACAAA